UUAGUCUAAAGCUGCCUUUCCACUGUACAUGACAAAUGACAGACAAUAAACCGUAAGGAGAGUCACUAAGGGGCUGCGUGGGGUGCCAACCAUCUGUGGAUGGCAUGUUCUGCUCAGUGAAAAAUAUUAAUCUUCUCAUCGCUGGAAGUCUUAAACGAAGAAGGAAACAUAAUUGAAGAUAAUCACAAGCAUUUUCAAAGACAGAAAUUUACAGCAAUGGGCAACAGUCAGUCUGCUCUAAGAGACCAUGGCUACACAUUAGUGAGUGAAGAAAAGAACAAGAUCCUGGUGAAAAAUGAAGCUGGUGACCUGUUUGUCAUUAAGAAGUUGAGAGCUAACCAGGAUGAAUUAAAUUUUCUCCUCCAGCUCAGUCAUCCACACAUCGUCCAUCAUAAGGAAAUCAUCACAGAUUCAGACUAUUUGUAUCUUCUGCUGGAGCACUGUGAAGGUGGAGAUCUUGCUCAGAAAAUUCAAAACAAAAAAAAGGAAGCAGAUCAAUAUUCUGAGAAUGAGAUCCUGGACUGUGUUGUGGAGAUCUGCAUGGCUUUGAAAUACCUGCAUGAUAAACAGAUCCUGCAUAAAAACCUGCAGCCUGAGAGCAUAUUCUUCACUUCAUUUGGAACAAUCCGUCUUGGCGAGUUUGGAGUAAUUCAUCAAUGGUCCACCAAAAAGCCAACUGCAGAAAAUAAACCUUCAUAUGUUGCACCUGAGAUUUUGAAUGGCAAACCUUAUGAGGAGAAAACUGAAAUAUGGAUGUUGGGAUGUCUUAUCUAUGAGCUGUGCAUGCUGAAAUGUGCGUUUCCUGCAAUAUUCUCAGUUGAGACUAUUGGAAGAAUACUCACAUCCUCCUAUGAAACUCUUCCUCUGACCUUCUCUGAGGAGCUUCGUCAGCUGGUAAAAGACACACUUCAACCUGAUCCAGCAUGUCGUCCGUCUGUCAGCGAGAUCUUGACCAGACCUUUCAUCAUUAAUUAUCUUCGUGAAAAGAUCUUGCAAACUAUUCAUAGUCUUGAUACAACACUUAAGUUCCUAAGAGCCCUAGCUUAUGAUUUGGAAAGAGUCCAUUUCAACACAACUGUAGGAAGUCUCACUGGAGGUCUAGUGGGAUUGGCAGGAGGAAUCACAUCUGUGGUGGGACUUAUUCUCACACCAUUCACUCUUGGAGCGUCUCUAAUAGUAACAGGAGUGGGAAUCGGUGUGGCAGUAGCUGGAGGAGUAACUGCUGGUACCUGCAACAUAACAAACAUGGUUAGCCAGAGCACAAACCGGGAAAAGAUCAAAAUGCUCAUAAAAGAGUUCCAAGAAAAGCUUGCCUCCACAGUUUGCUGCAUCCAAAACAUCCAAAUAGCUAUGGAAACUUUAGAAAAACAGUUUUCCACAAGCGAUGAUGCAUUUGUCUUUACAGAACUGGGGGCAAAUGUUGGAGCUCGUCUUGGGCGAGGACUGGGUGGAAUUCCAGAGAUUUUCCGUGUAAUUGAAGUUGCAAAUAUUGGGAAGAUAGCAGCUCAGGCCGCAAGAGCUGUUCGUGUGGCUGAAGCGGCUACAGGAGUUUUGGCUGCACUUUUUAUAGCAGUUGAUGUCUUCUUUGUGUUUCUUGACUCCAGAGAAAUCCACAACAUCCGCCAAGAUAAUGCAAGAAUAUUAAAAAUGAGUCGACAAGGAUUAGCACCCACCAGCAACCAAAGCACAGAGUUGACUGGCCAGACAUCAAAUAGCAGCGACACAACAAAUCUACUGCCUUCAAACACUCAACAGGCAGAAGAGCUGAAGUCUGAGACCAUGAAAUUUGUGAUAAAAAUAAGGGAGACAACAGAGGAGCUUCAGACAAUUCUGGAUACACUACGAGACGCAAUGCACCCAAACUCUGAGACGUCAAACACCGAAAACUAAGAAUUGGUAGUAAAGCUCAGUUUUUCAGUCAUAGACUGAUUAUAGAAAAAAGAAGAAAAAGGAAUGCUUCUCUGGGUCAAAAAAAUAUAAAUAAUGUAUAAACAUUCCAGGGUGCUCUUCAAAAAUGGGCCUAUACUAUAAUAACAUUGAGAGAAAAGAAAAAUGAGGCACUCCUGAUAAACGUAUAAAAAGCCUUUAAUCAAACAAUGGCUACAUGCCUACGCGUUUCAACUACACAGUUUUCAUCAGGGCAUGCCAAACAUACACAGGUGAAUGCAUUUAUCAGGUUGAGAGGUAUGGGAAUGGUCACAUGACCCAAGCCCCACCCCCAAACCUAACAACAACUAAGAUAAAACUUAUUUAAUUCUCUACAUUACAGCCAAACACACUGAGCUGUUCACAAAGAAUACACUAAUAGUAAAAAACAAGUAACGAUUGCACAAAAUAUUUGUUACACUUGAACAUUGCUAUGCACACACAUAUCAAAAACAUAUUACCCAUGAUAAGUCUAAAAACAAACAUUAGAAAAGUACUACCAAAGAUAUAUCAAGAUAACUAAAUGCCCUAUACAAAUGGUGAGAAAUCCACAUCAUCAUUUAAUCCUGGAAAGGUAGUGGCUCUAAGUUUUACAAUCCACCAGGUUUCCCUUUGAAGAAGACGUCGAAGCCUGUCACCACCCCUUACAUUCCUAGAGAUUACUUCAAUGACCAUUACCUUCAAAUUAUUCAAAUUCAUGUGCCCAGCCUCUUUGAAAUGCACAGCCAUAGGGUAGUUAGGAUUCACAGUUCUGAUGGCGUAUUUGUGCUCUGCAAGACGUUCUUUGAGUCUUCGCUUAGUACGUCCAACAUAGAAACACCCACACUCACAUUCAAGUCUGUAAACAACAUAGGUGGUGUUAUAGACUGAUUAUAGUUGUAGCAAUAGUUAGGUUAUGAUAACUGUAUAUACUUUCCAUAACAAAAUACCAUAUAAAAUAUUUUAUUGCUAGUUUCAAUAUUGCUCAUUUACAGGGAGUACAGCAAGCUGAAAUGCUGCUGUUGUGGCAUCUCAGAAAGUUUCUCUAUGUUAAGAAUGGGAUUUCUAACAUUUUUCUUUGAUAUUUAGGAAAUCAGAAAUCAUAGCACCUUUUCUUGUCUUUUUAUGUUUGUGGCUUCUUAAUUUAAUUUUCUUUCACUUGCACUAAAAUAAAAAUAUCACCAAAAUGUAAACAUGUAUAGUUUCUUCUGAUUUAAUUCACUACAUUUUAACAGGCCUAUUAACAUCUAUUUGUGUUUAUAAUUACAUAAAUUCAAACCCUGUGCCUAUCUUAAGUCUGGGACAGGAAACAAACCAGUUUAUUUAGCAGUUUAGCUUGUUGUUAUGAACAUUUUUAAGAUAUGACUUUUUCCCAGUUUCAAAGUCAAGGCUUAAAGCAACACUAUGUAGUUUUUUUACAUUUAAAUAAUGUCUCUAAAAUUAUUUCAGUGAUAGAACAACUUUUAACUGGACAAAUUGUACUGUUGCUGCAACCUGAGCAGCCUCCUAGCUGCUACAAGCACACUCUGAAAGUGGCGGUGGAGGGUAGAGCACACAGCCCCGUCCCUCCCCCUGGCUGCAGAAGAGUGUCUGAUACCAGGAACUGUUGCGUUUUUCAACCACAUGGGGGAGCUGUAAGUCAUUUUUACAUGGAAACUACAUAGUGUUGCUUUAAGGCUAGUCCUAGACUAAGGGCGCACUCACACUAUCCAAACCAUUCUGCGCUCGGGCGCGUUUGACCCCCAAAGCCUGGUUGGUUUGACUAGUGUGAUCGCUCUGUUCCGCGUCAGGGCGCGGAUUGGUUAAUCGCGCCACGGCCGGGUUGCAGAGGUGGGCCGGAGCGCGAUUCAAAAGGUGAAGACGUCAGUUGCGCGACCACUCACCUUCAUCUGCCUUCGUACAAACCUUUUGAUGCGCGCAACGGGGUUACGUGAAUGUACGAGCUGCGCACGUGACAGAUCAACUAAACAAUAUGAUGACAUGUGAGAGGGCUGUCUGUAAUCGCGCACCAAACGACUCCGAAUAAAAAACACAGACUUAUCAUUACGGUGGGUGCCAGUGUUAAGAGAGAGCUUUACUUCCUGCUUUUUUCAAAACAAUCGCAUCUUAAUGACGAAAGCGCGCCCGGACUCGGAUCGAUAAAAAGUACAGUGUGUGAGUGCGUGCACCUGGGGGAGUAGGGAGGGGUGACAAUCGCGCUGGGGCAUGGUUUGGUUUG